AUGACUGACAAAAGUGACAACACCAACACCAACACCUCCACACAAACUGCUCCCCUACAUCCUGUUUAUACCGUUACUGAUAUCACCAAGAAGGUUCGUGUCUUGGAUGGUACGACGGUCACGUACUCUGCGUGGGUGAAGCUCUUCAACCUUCAUGCUCGCGGAUACGAAGUUAUCGACCACAUCACCACAGAACCGCCGUCUAAAGAAGAUCCCACAUAUGCUCAAUGGAUGAAGAUUGAUGCUGUUGUAUUUCAGUGGAUAUACAGCACACUAUCCGCUGACUAUCUCCUUCGGGUCCUUGAAGAACCAUCUACGGCCCUCCAAGUUUGGAAUCGGGUCAAGAACAUCUUCCAUAACAACAAAGGUCCUCGCUGUGCCGCCCUUCAAUCUCGCUUUGUCAACCUGAAACUUAGUUCUGUGUCUUCGUUGGAAGCCUACUGCCAAACCCUUCGGGAUUUGGCAGCCCAGUUAGAUGAUGUGGGCAGCCCGGUUAAUGAGCAAACUUUAGUUCUGCAAGUGGUUCGGGGUCUGCCUCGGGAGUAUGACACUAUCGGUUCUAUCAUUAAUCGUGAACUUCCCUCCUGGAACGAGGCAUGUGAGAUGCUUCGUGGCGAUAUGGAACGACAGGCUGCUCGAGACGGAACUGGUCCCAAUUCGGAAGCACAUGCAGUCGUCGCCCCAACUCCCAGGCAUGAUGGUUCCCCUCGUGAUACUCAGCCCACUCGAAAUCAGAACUAUGACUCGAACCGUCCCACCCGGUUCAAUCAAAACCGCCGCAGUGGCCCACGCCGGGACAACCCAAACCGCAACCAAAACCUAACUAACGGCCCAAUUAAUUCUGGCCCAGCCCACUAUCGUUCAGGCACUUCCGGGUCUGGGUCCAGCAGUCGUGGCUCAUCUAAUCGGAACCCGCCAAGAAACUCGUGGAACCAGCAGUACUAUCCCAUGCCACCACCGUAUUGGGCCAACUCGUUCCGGGCCAAUCCACCACCCCCGUGCCCCUACCCAACCCAACCGGGCUGGGUCUCACCUUGGACCGCCCCACAGCAGCCACCGUCCACGGCACCGAACCAGUCUGCCCCUAAAGCACAUAUGACUGAUGUCAACCCCUUGGAACCUACUGAACUUGCAGAAGCCUUUAACACUGUGGCUUUGGAACCCAAAACUCCUAGUUGGUUCAUGGAUAUUGGAGCAUCAGACCACCUCACCCGAGACUCAGGAUUAUCCGAGUGGGACUAUCCUGAGUCGCCACGACAGUACCAGUAA